AUGAGACAGUAUACUCUUCUAGCGGCGCUUCCUCUCCUUCCAGCAGUGGUUGCUGUCCCAGGUUCCGCAAUUAAAGUCGCGGCUCCUGACAAGGCUCCCUCUGGCGUUUCCCAAAUCGUCGACCAUGCUUUCGCUUCUUUCUCUUUUCCGGCACAUUGGCUACCUGACUUUGCUGGAAACAAUAGUCACCCCAACUUAUUCUCUCGUGAUAUUCUAGAUCUUUUAUAUACCAAGACUGGGAAGCGCCCAGAUCGCACUUACUAUAAUGCGUCCCAAGAACUGUCAAUUAAGGUAGACACAGGUGCCAAUGGUAUCCCAUCGGCAGUAUACAUUGGCCCAGUCUACUUCGAGGCCUUCAACAACUUCCCGGGUUCCUUAUGGAGCUUCCAGGCUAAUCUUGCCAACAAUGCUAGCUGGGGACUCAACAAUACAAUGGAAGUAUGCGAACGCGUAAUGAACACGCUUAAAGGCAACUUGAUCGACUUUGAGAUUGGCAACGAAGUGGAUCUCUAUCCGUGUGCAGUUCGUCCUUGUGGAUAUACUUUAAACGACUAUCUCCAAGAGUGGACCAGAUACGCCGAUGCCAUCUCAGAUAACGUCCUCAAGGGAAAUCCGUAUGGCCUAGACGAACAAAAGUUCUUCCAAGCUCUUGUAUUUGCAAACGCCGAGCUGAAUACUUUCACCACGCAAAAUGCGUUCAAUGGAGGUAUCGAUUUGACCCAUCAUGUUAAAUCAGUUUCUCUGCAUCAUUACGCGGCUGGUAACCAGGCUUGGGUCAGACUUCAGGGUAAUUUCACACAGACUUUCAUGAACCACACGGCUGUUGUGGCUAAUCUCAGCAUCUACUCUCCUGCCAACAAUUACUUGAAGACUAACUAUCCAGAUGUCACCUUCUUGCUGGGAGAGACCAAUAGUGAUUAUACCAACCUGCUCAUGAGUCAAGUAGAGGGUGUUUUCGGCAGCUCGCUAUGGUUGAUCGACUAUCUCAUGUAUGGGAUGUCUCUGAACAUUUCUCGAUUCAAUCUAAUUCAGGGCACCACUUUUGGAUACACAGGAUGGGUACCUGUACCUACAGGUAACAUGCAGCCAUACGUCCGACCACCACUUUACGGCCAAAUUGUCGUGGCAGACAUCAUUGGCCAUAGCCCUAAAGUCCAAAUUCUACCCAUUGAUCUCGGUUCUGAGCUAUGGAAGUUCUCUGCGUAUGGCGUUUAUGAGUCCUCCAAGCUGAGCAAAUACGUGCUUAUCAACCUGGAUGAGUGGAAUUCUACAACUCAAUACCCUCGGCCAAGUCAGAAAGUCUCACUACGCAUUCCUUCUGGAUCAAGAGGCGCCACAGUACAGAGGCUUCUUGGACCAGGAGCCAGCGCUGAUUCUGAUAUCUCUUGGGGUGGACUCAGCUGGAACUAUACACGGGGACGGCUUGCGCAGUCUGGUCGGCCUCACUUCGAGGUCUUACCGGUUUCAAGAGGCGAGGUUACAUUGAUAAUUCCCUCUACUGAAGCUGUUGUCAUUACGUUUGAUGGGCCAAUAUACUAG